AUGAAUAGAACUGAAGAGAUCUAUAAGAUUCAUAAAAAUUUCACUAAAGAAAUAGAACUUGAACUUAUAAAGAAGAAUAAUAAAACUGAAUAUAAUGAUCUGGAGGAAUUUGCCUGUACUAUAAGUAAUCCUAUAAGUGUUAGAACAAAAGGCAGAAAGUCAAAAAGAAUUAAAGAUUUCAACGAUAAUACAAAUAUAUCAAAGGGUAAAAAUAAAAAAAAGCAAAUUUCUCAAGUUGAAUAUAAUAAAUCAAAUAAUGAUAAUGAUAUUAAUUAUAAAG